GUGAGUUGGAUCUUGACGAAAAGCGAACGCGGAAACCAAAGAGAUCGCGAUCGAGAAAGGGCUCAAGCAAGGAUCGGCCACAAGUCAAAGCAGGCUAAAGACGAUGGAUUGACCCCAGAGCAACGCCGAGAAAGGGAUGCCAAAGCUCUUCAGGAGAAGGCCGCUAGAAAAGCUGCACAAGCUGCAUCGGGAGGAGGGAAUGAUAAUGGAGGACGUAAAGCAGUUAAAAAGUAAUUGUAGGGUGUCUCAUUUCAUCGCUUAACGCUUGUUUGUUUUAAGGCAUCUUUGUUUUCAUACUUAUUUGGGGGGAAGCAAAGGUCGAGUUUUUCAAAUAUUAUCCUUAGAAAUAUUUUUAGUGGCAGCCUUAUUAAUGAAGGUGUUAACUUUAACCAAA